UUUUCUCCAUAUAGUGGACUUCACUGGAGCCCAAACGAUUGAAGAUCUGUUGGAAGUCAUUGAAUUGGAGGUUUUACCUAAUCAUUUCUUAACUGGAGAAAAAUCUUCAAGCCGCUCACAGACCAAACAGAGAACAAGAGCCAAAACAUCUUUCCUCUGCCCUCACUGUGGAAAGAGAUUCACACGUAAAGGAGACUUCAUCAGACACGAACGGAUCCACACUGGAGAGAAGCCCUUCACGUGCCCUGAGUGUGGAAAGAGUUUCACGUUAGCAGACGGACUCAAAAAGCAUCUGCGCUCUCACUCUGGAGUCAGAUCGUUUAAGUGUGAUCAGUGUGGAAAGACAUUUAUUUUGCCAUCGCACCUGAAGAGACACAUGAUAAUCCAUGCAGAUUUGAAGCCUUACUCGUGUUCUCUUUGUGGAAAGAGUUUUUCUCAGCUAGACUGUUUGAAAAAGCAUCAGAAAACACACAGCGGUGCGAAACCUCACAUGUGCUUCGAGUGCGGGAACGCCUUCCAUUCAUCCGACACCUUGAAGCGACACCGGAGGAUUCACACCGGAGAGAAACCGUACAAGUGCUCCGACUGCGGCAAGAGUUUCACUCAGUCGGGACACCUGAAACAACACGAGAGAGUUCAUACGGGAGAGAAGCCGUACUACUGCUCGCUUUGUGGGAGGAGUUUCAGCACAUCGAGGAAUCUGCCGGCUCAUAUGAAAAAACAUUGUCCGGACACUUAUCAGAUCAAGAAAGAUGAUGGAAACUGAUGCUGUGAGAUCUGUGCAAAUCACUCAAGACUAUUCUCUAUUGUUACAGCAUGGAUAAAAAUAUAUCAUCAUAUCAAUAAAUAAAUAAGAUCAGUUUGGUCAUUUCAGCA